UUGAGCAUUGUCUUUAAAUAUUUUUGGAACGACAAUUUUCACAUUUCCCAAACAACUCUAAUGUGUGUUAAAUGUGUGAAAACUAAUUUUCCAGUAUCAUUUUUGCCGCAUUUAAACGUGGUUUUUAACUGCCAAAACUGGUAAUAUUCGUAUCAUAAAAAAUGGGAAUAAUAAAAAAAUACAAAAACUUAACUCGACCCUAAGAUUUUAAUCAAAUCCGGUUAUACAACAAGAAGUGCAUAAAGGCAGCUAAAGGGUCACAACAAUUUACCGAGUGCAGUUGCAUCCCAGCUUUACAUAACAAUACGGAUAAGGAAAAUUAACAAAAAAAUAUAAAUCUGUGAUCGAACUUAGUUCCGAACUGUUUCAAGAAACGGCUCUAAGAGUGAUAAGUGACUUGGUGAAAAAUGGAAGAAAGAAAUAGUAAUAAACAUGAAGAUUCAGAGAAAUACUCUAAAAGUGGAUGGGAGAAAAGGAAAUAUUUUUAUAGACAGAUGUUAAUCAGCAGCGGUGGUUGGACCUGCUACUUUAUCAUGGGUAUGACUUUUGGAGCCUCAACAGUCUUCAUUCCUCAAAUAAGACAGGAGGCCAAUUCUGAUGAUGCAGUCAGUGAAUCGAUGGCAUCUUGGAUUCCUGCCAUCACGGUGUACUCUGGCUUGCCCUGGGUCUUCAUCCUGCCAGUUACAAUGAAACACAUUGGAAGAAAAUACACCUACACUUUCGUCUUCAUCAGUAACCUGAUCAGCUUCGUAUUAUUCUACUUUAGUGCCUCCAUCUUACACAUAGUCAUCAGCUUAGUCAUCAAUGGCAUCAACACAGGAUCACACUUCACUGUAUCAGUCAUGAUCAUCACGGAAUACACAUCGCCUAAACACAGAGGAUUUUUCUUAACAAUAAAAUCUGCUACGAUUUUUUGGGGUAUCUUCAUGGCCAAUGCUAUUGGUACCUUUUUCCAUUGGAGAAAUAUCGGUCUUGCUGGAAUUUUAAUCAGUAUCUAUGGUAUGUUAGUUGCAUACAUACUACCAGAGUCUCCAUUUUGGCUGGCCACUAAACAACGAUUUGAAAAAUGUUCGUCGACUCAUAGAUGGCUGAGAGGAGAAGAGAAACAAUCCGAAGCAGAUCUAGAAAACCUGAUUUUAUUCCAUAAGAACUUAAGUGUUAAAGAGAGUUCAAAGAAUCGUGAUCUUAAUGGCAUCGUUAAUAAGUAUUAUAAUGUCAUGACGUCAAAGAAAUUUUAUAAGCCAUUACUUCUGUGUUUGUUAAUACAAUCACUUUACGUGUUGUCUGGUAAAAUUGUGUUUAGUGUAUAUGCUUUAGAUAUUAUUAGUAAAAUAACCGCAGGAUACAAAAUGUCACCUUAUACAGCUAUGUUAAUAUUAGAUGGCGUUACAGUUUUAUGUAUGUACAUUGGUUGCUUCUUUGUAAAACUACUAUCUAGGAGAACAUUAUUAAUAGGUGCCUCUUUAGUAGGUAUUGCGUUUCUUUUCAUGAUUUCCCUGUAUGCAUUUUUGAUAAAACUAUCAUUGUUAGAAGAGAAUAAUUAUGUAGCUAUAUUUUUGUUAGUUGGUUAUUCAAUAGGCAUAUCUUGUGGACCUGUGAUAUUAACACAAACUAUUUCAGGGGAAUUAGUUUCCAUAGAAUCUAGGGGACUUUCAUCUUGUUGUAUAGACUUAUGUCUUAAAAUACUUUUAGGUACUGUAAUAAAGAUUUCUCCAUAUAUGUUUAAAUCUUGGGGGGCUCAUGGUGCAUUCUUUUUCUAUGGUGUUUGUACUUCAAUAUUUUUGUUUUUGAUUUUUCUUUAUUUGCCUGAAACUAAAGACAAGAGUUUGCAAGAAAUUGCUGAGUGGAUGGAAGGAUCUAAAAGGCCUGUGUUACAUGAAGAAGUAAAGUUUUUACCAGUCGGACACGAAGGCAGAGAACGGAAAGUUGAACCAACCAUAAGCCAUUCCAUUUAG